AUGAACCUUAUGGGUUUUCUUGCUGCUCUUGUCGCUGUGAUCAGCACUUCCCUGCAGCAAAUUUUCAUCGGGUCCCUUCAAACCAAGUACAACAUUGGGUCUUUUGACCUGCUCAGCCAAACUGCACCCAUCCAAGCAGCAUCUCUGGUGGUGCUUGGCCCCUUUGUUGACUAUUUUGUUACAAGUCUGAACAUUACAGAAUACACCCUUACUGCUGGAUGCACGGCUUUCAUCGUGCUCUCUUGCUUGCUGGCUGUCGUCUGCAAUCUCAGCCAGUAUCUCUGCAUUGGAAAGUUCUCAGCAACGUCAUUCCAGGUCCUUGGUCACAUGAAGACAGUCCUUGUCCUCGUUUUGGGCUUCAUCCUUUUCAGCUCACCAAUCACCAUGAAGAAUGUGAUGGGCAUGCUCAUGGCUGUAGUAGGAAUGGUGCUUUAUAGCUGGGCCAUCGAGAAGGGCAAGAAGGAAAAGGACGGCAAGGAGACUGGAAUGGUCAAGGCAGGCCAGCCUUCUCCUAGAGCAUCGGAGGGGAAUGUGAGUGGAGGGGAAGAGGAGCGAGCAGGACUGCUUGCGACAGGUAGGGCUGGAGAGGAAGAUUUGGAAUCUGGAAAGCAGGGUUAA